AUGGCUGAUGAAAUUGCAUCAGCAAUGGAGCAGGAAAUGGUGGAAGAACAGGCUAUAAAGUGCCCAAGGCCUUCAGCAAAGAGGCAAAGGAAAGGAUCUCCUGACGCCCGAGAAGAAGCAGAUAAAGAACGUGUAGACGAUAGUCUUCUGCAAGAUGCACGUAGAAUCAAAGAAAACAUCAGGGUCUACAUGAACGCAACAGACAGGAACGUGAGUGCGAAGGUACAAAAGCACGUUAAUGGGAAAAUGCAGCAGUUAAUAGAUAUAAUGGAGACAAUAUAUGAUAAGAACUAUGAAAAAACGUUUUUAGUACAACGUGUGGUAAAGGACACAUUAGCUUCCUCUGAAAUGUAUGAUAUCAUAGUAAAUGCAUUAGUGGAAAAAGCAGUACCUAUGGUUAUCGAGGGACUCAAGUCGGAAAGUAAAACCAUACAAAGACCACUGUCAGAACCUCAGACAUCUCGGGAGUUUCCAUGCGUUAAAGAACAACCGCUAUUAGCCGAUGCCCACGCUAUUAUUGAGACCACGGAGAAUGAAAGUUUCCAGGAAUCCCCGGUCCAAGCUGUCGCUUCCCGAACCCACCUCUGCGGCGGCGUCAUGUCUCCUCUCUUCAAGAACCUUUCAUUAGUACUUCCAUUCCUGGGGGCCAAAUGGUCCUCGAAUUAUAUAAUGAUGGAAUUCUAUUGCAUUUGA